AUGUGGACGUGAAUGAUUGACCCCAGGCUGCCCCGCGUUUCCGAUCGCAACCCCACGGGGGUUAUUGCAUACUAGUCCAGGUAUUUGUCUGCUAUGUUUAGGAUAAUGGUAUUGUCUUUCACAAUAGGAAUGAAAUCGGAAUGCCGCCCCGCAUCCUUCCGCAGCGGGGUCAAAUGACGAGCCACGAAUUGCCAGAACUGUAUUAAAUAAAUGCAGCGACUCUCACCAACAUUGGAGGCCCUCCAUUUCAUGACCACAAUCGUCUUCGAUCGGUUCAAACCGGCCACUGCCAACUAACUAUAGCUUCCGUCCUGCUGCAACCCUUUGCUACAACCCAGCUCGUCCAGCAAUCCGGAUACCCUCAUCUCCUGUUUGCGAUUUGCGCACUUUCGCCCUUGCAUUUUUACACCUUCGCCCGUUAGAUCGAGUGUUUUCAUUCGAACUUCCUCAUCAUGUCGAACAGCAUCUCAGUAAAAGAGGCUGUCGCUGUGGCCGUUCCGGUCUCGACCAAGUCUAGUGGACAAAAGAAGAAGCAACCUUAUCCCUUCUGGUUAGGAGGGGUGGCGGCUACGAUUGCUGCGUCUAUAACUCACCCGUUGGACCUCACAAAGGUUCGACUGCAGGCAACUGGCGAUAAGGGGAUGAUCCAGUCUUUGAAGAGGACUGUGCACACAGCCGGAUAUCGAGGUUUAUUCGACGGUAUUACUGGCACAUGGAUGCGACAGAUGAGUUACUCUCUCUGUCGCUUCUGGGCAUACGACGAAAGCAAGAAGCUGCUGGGCGCAGGACCCCAUGCGCCUGCGUGGAAGCUCGCGUUAGCCGGUGGAAUGGCUGGUGGUAUUGCCGGUCUAGUCGGAAACCCAGGAGAGAUCGUUAUGGUUCGACUGCAAGGCGACUUUGGGAAACCUCCGGAGAAGCGAUUCAACUAUAAACAUUGUUUCGAUGCUUUGUUCCGCAUGGUCCGUGAAGAGGGCUCUUCGUCCCUUCUAAGAGGCGUCGGACCCAACAUUUUCCGUGCUGUCCUUAUGAACGCGAGUCAGCUUGCGUCAUACGAUUUCUUCAAGCAAGAACUACUGAAGACCAAGUACUUCGAGGACAACAUCUAUUGCCAUACUGUGGCUAGUUUUGCUGCGGGUACCGUUGCGACCACUGUUUGCUCGCCUGCAGACGUUUUGAAGAGCCGGAUAAUGACUGCUUCGGGCAAAGAGUCCGCCUCGACGCUUCAAGUUAUCAAGACGUCUCUCCGCAACGAAGGCGCAAUGUUUAUGUUCAAGGGAUGGUUGCCUGCUUGGACUCGUCUUCAGCCGACGACGAUGCUUAUCUUCAUCACGCUCGAGCAGCUCAAGAAUUUGGUUGAUUUCACACGAUCUUUACGAGAGAAGGAUAGUGACUAAAAAUAUGUCUUUUCACCGCAUGGAUGAGUGUAUUACUACUGCCUUGUUGUGCCUUCUUUGUGUGUCGUAUGUCGGCUUGGAAAACAUACCCAGUUUGUCUGGUUCACAGCCACCAC